AUAGCACACCACACAAAAAAGCAGAGAACUGUCCCUCACACAAAACCAAACAAGCCAUUGCACAUUCUCAACACAUGGUUGGUUUUCGUUGGUAAAUGAGUGGUGUUUGAAGAGUUACAUAGAAAGGGUUUUAGUGGAGAUGGCUUCAGUUGGUGUGGCACCAACUUCUGGUUUGAGAGAAACCAGUGGUCAUGCUGCAGCUGGUGUUGAUAGAUUGCCAGAGGAAAUGAAUGAUAUGAAAAUUAGGGAUGAUAGAGAAAUGGAAGCUACAGUUGUUGAUGGCAAUGGAACUGAGACUGGACAUAUUAUUGUGACUACUAUUGGGGGUAGAAAUGGUCAGCCAAAGCAGACUAUAAGCUAUAUGGCAGAGCGUGUUGUAGGACAUGGAUCAUUUGGAGUUGUCUUCCAGGCUAAGUGCUUGGAAACGGGUGAAACUGUGGCUAUCAAAAAGGUUCUUCAAGACAAGAGGUAUAAGAACCGGGAACUGCAAACAAUGCGCCUUCUUGAUCACCCAAAUGUUGUUGCUUUAAAGCAUUGUUUCUUUUCAACCACUGAAAAGGAUGAACUCUACCUUAAUUUGGUACUUGAGUAUGUCCCUGAAACAGUUCAUCGCGUGAUUAAGCAUUACAACAAGUUGAACCAAAGGAUGCCACUGAUUUAUGUGAAACUCUAUACAUACCAGAUCUUUAGGGCAUUAUCUUAUAUCCAUCGUUGUAUUGGAGUCUGCCAUCGGGAUAUCAAGCCUCAAAAUCUAUUGGUUAAUCCGCACACCCACCAGGUUAAAUUAUGUGACUUCGGAAGUGCAAAAGUCUUGGUUAAAGGCGAACCAAAUAUAUCGUACAUAUGUUCUAGAUAUUAUAGAGCACCUGAGCUUAUUUUUGGAGCAACUGAAUAUACUACAGCUAUUGAUGUCUGGUCUGUUGGUUGUGUUUUGGCUGAGCUGCUGCUUGGACAGCCUUUGUUCCCUGGUGAGAGUGGAGUUGACCAGCUUGUUGAGAUCAUCAAGGUUCUGGGAACUCCGACAAGGGAAGAGAUUAAAUGCAUGAAUCCUAAUUAUACAGAAUUUAAAUUCCCCCAAAUCAAAGCACAUCCAUGGCACAAGAUCUUUCAUAAGCGCAUGCCUCCAGAAGCUGUUGAUUUGGUAUCAAGAUUAUUACAAUACUCCCCAAACCUGCGGUGCCAAGCUUUGGAUGCCUUGACCCAUCCUUUCUUUGAUGAGCUUCGUGACCCGAACGCUCGCUUGCCAACUGGUCGUUUCCUUCCACCACUGUUUAACUUCAAACCUCACGAACUGAAAGGAGUCCCUGUCGAGACCUUGGUGAAAUUGGUUCCAGAGCAUGCAAGGAAGCAAUGUCCGUUUCUUGGCUUGUAAUAUGUUGUGAAAUGUAACAAAACUGCAAGUGUUGUUUCCAUGAAUGCUAUGCGUUCAUUCUAUUUGAUGAUAUGAUAUUUGUUAGUAUCUUUGUUGUAUCCAGUUGCCCUGUGAAAGAAGAUUUAGAGAUAUAUGCUACCCAAUAUUAUCCAACCCUCAACGGGUAUUCAGAAUACCCCGUUUCCUGUAUCACAGCAGAUUGUAACAUGCAAUAGAAGACAAGUGUCUGCAAUUAUCUAAAUGUUGUAUCAGUAUUUGUAUUUGUCGAGAUAAUGACAGGUUGUUGCUUAAUUUAGUUAUGCUUAGCAUGGUUAUUGGAAGUUGUGGUGAUGUC